AUGGAGGACCCGGUUAACCCAGUUGACCCAGUUGAUCCGAUUGACCCUGAGUUUGAUUUUGAGAUGGCGUUCGAUGACCCCGAGCAUGCCAUGGCCCUUGAGCCGGUAGCCGCUCCAGACCCAGUGUUUGAGCAUGACCCUGUUCAUGCUGGCGCACCCAUUAUUGAUCCUGUGAUUGCUGACCCACCCAUUGAUGAUCACCCUGUUGAUGCUCCACUACUGGAGGGUGACCAUGCUAUUGCUGCUGAUCAUGUUGACGCCCCGUUUGUCGCUGAUAUACCCGUUGACCCUCUUGUUGCACCCCAUCUUGACCCUAUGCCUGUGCAGUUUGAUCGUGCACUUUUUGAGGCACAUGCUGGCCCACGAGAUGAGCACACCCAGCAUGGAUGGAUUGAUGACGAUGACGAGUACCCACCUUUCGUGGUACCGGUUACUCUCGUUCCUGCACCCGUGUCAGUUCCCCCUGAGAUCCCUUUGCACCCCAUUACUGGUGUUCACCACUCUGACCUACCUGCGAUGUUUCAUCAGUUUACACCUCCAGCGCGACCUGGAGAGGGUUCCUCGGCUCAUCCCUUUGGACACGUACCGACACCUAUCCCAGUUGUACCACAGUUUUCACCUGUUGUACCCCCUGUUCCUCCAUUUCCUGUAUCACCUUUUGAUCCAGCCAGUGAGCCAUUCCUUUGGACGUCACCACCUGUUAUGCCACCGACCGACCCCUACCAUCCUUUCCACAUGGGGUAUUCUGUUGAGGAUGUACUCAUGUCGUUUGUUGUCCAGCAGGAGCCCUUAGUCGAUGAUGAUGUAUGA